UACCAUUGGUGUGAAAGUAUGAAGACGUUUCUCUGCCUUACUUCCAGAGCACAAGACGAGCCUGAUGAAUAUCACAACAUACCGGUCAACCUUUUGAAAGAUGACGAUGCGACGACUGCCGUAAACAUUGAACGAAUCAACAAGAGUACCAAAUUGCAAAAGCUGCUGCAAGUCAUAAGAUGCGAGCUCGAAAGACCAAAGGAAUCGAUAGCAACUAGUGCUCUCAGCCCAACAAAACAAUGGACACCUCUAUAUUACUCAGUCUACCACAAUCGAACUGCAGCGCUUCAGCACUUUCUUCACGCUGGCCACUCUCCCAAUGGUCUCGUCGACUUAGGGCAACCUCCUCUUUGCAUUGCAACGGCAGCUGGACAUCUGGAUGUGGUCACGCUACUCUGUGAAGCAGACGCAGACAUUAAUGCAGCAGUUAGAUACACUGGCGAGAUGGCGCUCCAUAUUGCCAUCAAUGCCGGUCGGAGCGAUUUGACGGAUGUUCUUCUCUCAUGCAAUCCAAAUCUAAAUGCAAAAACUCUGCAAAGUCGCGAGACACCACUCCAUUACGCGGCUGCGAAAGCUGGAUCACUUGCCACUGUCGUUUCAUUGAUCAAAAGAGGAGCGGAUGUCGAAGCUCUAAACGCCAAAGGGUGUAGCCCUGCAGAAGUUGCUCUGCAGUCGAAGAAUCUGAAUGCUGCCGUCGCUAUUGUGAGUGCAGCUCGCGGAAGUCGAAGGAUCCUGGCCAAAGAGAAAGAGUUGUUGCUCAAACACGUCGAGAAGGCACAAAACAGAUUCUCUAUGAACAAUGAGCUCAUAGGAGAUAUUUUUGAAGCCGGGUGUCCACCGGACUCCACUGUCUUGAUAGAGGCCAUCAAAAGGAACGACUCAGGCUUGGUGGAAAUGUUCCUCGAGAAAGGUGCUGAUCCCAACCGAUCAUCUGCGUCGGGGCUGCUACCUAUAUUUGCAGCGUUGGCAUGCUCGGGAUCGCAGAUCAUGCAUACGCUCAUUAAACACAAAGCCGAUGUCACAUUGAAGGAUCAGAGUGGACACACCGUUCUCCAGGGCGUUUUCGAAAGCGUCUUGGCGCAUGAUAGAGAGGUUGUCUCGAAGCUUUUCCAGAUGCUCCUUUCUAAUGGAGCCGACCCGCUUGCCAGAUAUUCGGAUGGAUCGACACUACUCCAUCAUGCAGUCGUGGAGGGAUCAGGCAUAGCCAAAAUUGUACAACAGCUGUUACAGCAUGGAGUCAAAAUCGACGAGCAGGAUUUCCAGGGGAAUACGGCACUACAUAUGGCAUUCCGCAAUCGACUGUGCAUCUCAGUUCUAAUCAAACAUGGCUCCAAUACUGAAUUAUUGAACAAGGAAGGAUUGACUGCUCUUCUACACGCGACUAAAUAUGCCACCAGAGACAAGGAGCCAGAUUUUGAACCAUUAGUUAAGGCAUCCAAUAUCAGUACAACGGACCCUACGGGGAUGACAUCUCUACACUUCGCUUCCCAGAACGGGCUGGAAAGAGCAGUGCGUGCUCUGCUUCAUGCCCGUUCAGACACAUCCGCGGUAGAUUCUAGAAAACGAACACCACUACUACUUGCGGUUUGUCACCAACAAUGGCAUAUCGUCCCACUUUUCGCAUCACAACCGGGCGUGAAUGCCUGGAAUGAAGAGGGACUUACUGCACUGCACCUUAUUGCUAUGAGCACGCCAAACAGUCCAUCUUCAUGGAAAGAUAUUGCCUCUGCUACUGCACCGUUCUGCGAGAAAGGUGUGAGCAGGACUUUGCGCGAAAAGUCAGGAGCGACCCCACUUAUACUGGCUGUGAAGUCACUUCCUGAGGACGGUUUGCCCGUUGUUGAAGCACUACUUUCUCGAAAGGGUUCCGAGAGAAGUAACUGUGUAGGACACCAGGAUUUGCAGCAACAUGAUGCCCUGUAUUAUGCAGCAACGCUUUGCAAACCCUCAUUUGUUUUGGCGCUGUUGAAAAACGGCUCGCCGUUUGCUCUAAAAGAUUGGCUACCAAGCAACAAAUUGGUUGAUGCAGACAAUGCCGUGGGUAAACAAGUCCUGAAAAUCAUGGCAGAGCAUGAGUGGCUGCAUCGUGCUCUAUCACUUCAAAGACAAUCCUUUGGUGACUCAAGCGGAUCAGCCCUUCCCUCAAUCUUGCCAAUCGACGACCUCCGUCUUCUUCUCACCAUGGGUCUUAACCCCAACUCGCCACCAAAAUCCAAGUUCACAAGUCCCCUUCUCUGGACAGUUUUGAACCAGGUGCAGCCGUCCCUGCCUACAGAGUACCUAUCUGAUGUCCUGAAGGUUUUGUUCACUUUCGGCGCUGACGCUAAUGUAAUUGCAACGCGGAAUAUGCCUCGAAAUUCGCUGAAUGAAGGCACUCAGAGUACAGGUCUGACCAUCCAUCCUUUAACCUACCUCCUGGAGCGAUCCCAAACCGUGGAAAUAUCUCUCAUUCAACUCUUCCUGGACAAUGGCGCCAAACUCUCUAUCGCAUCAACUUUUUUCAAGGGCCGUCACCCUCUUCACACCGCCGUCCAGAUCAAGCAAAUCGACAUUAUCAAACUCUUCCUCAAAAACAACGCAAAUGUAAACUCCAAGGACGCCAACGGCCUCACACCCCUUCACACGUCGAUCCUCCAAAACAAUCCAGAAACAACAGACAUGCUCCUGCACGCCGGCGCACAAAUCGACACCAAAGACAACGCCGGCAACACACCCCUUCACAUCGCCGCCCUCCACAGCAACGCAUCUCUAAUAACCACUCUCCUCCACCGUGGCGCGUCCGCAAGCGCCCUUAAUUCUCACGGGAAAACACCAUUAGACCUCUUACCUCCUUCCCCAAACAAUCCAGACGCACAACGCAUCUCCUCACUCCUCACCUACGCGCAAGAAGACGAGCGUCGCAGCAUGUCCACCAGCACCAUCACAUCCUCCUCUCAGCCCCUCUCCACCACUCCUCCCUCCUCAAUCACAACUUCCUCCACCGCUCCCGCUCCUCCACCCACCACCCGCAGAAAGAAAUCUUUCGUCCGUCCCCCACCAACCCCAAUGACUCCCCACCAACUUCUGUCCACAUCCGCCAAAGUCCCUCCCCAUCUCCUCCGCAACCAAUCAAACCCCUCCAUCGACCUCGACGAGCCCCAGCAGCCCAAACCAGAAACCGCAACGCCAGUCCGUCUGUCCAAACAGGUCGUUAGUAUCCGCUACACGCCUCCCACGCCGGAUCCGCAUGCCCGUCUCGCAUCACCCCUCCCUUCUUCCUCUCCUGACCAGAAUCCUGUUGUGGUUAGAGAGGAGAAAAGGGUGGAUAGCAGCGUGCAUCUUGCGCUGGUGCAAGGGGAAGAAGGGAAAGUUGCAGUUGUAAGGGGUGAGGACGAGGCGGAGAAUAAGAAGCAGAAGAAGGAAUUCCCGAUUUUGGAUCGGAAGUGUACUUCUUUUGAUCGCAAAGACGAAGUGGGGGGGAAGAUGGGGAAACAGGUGGAAAAUCGCGGAGAUGGGCAUGGGGAAGGGGACGGAGAUGAACUUGCGUCUUGGUUGGCGGUUAGUGGGGCUCUGGAGAGAUUGUGA